AUGCCACCAGGGGGUGGAGAAACAAGCAAGCAUGACUGCACGGGGAAGGAGCAGAGCCACCCGCCGGCGAUCCGCCGCCGCGACGAGUCCCGUCCUGCGCCGCCGUUCCCCGCCGUAGCUUCUCAAAAGAGGAGGAAGCAGAGGCAGCCGCCGUGGGCGGCGAUCGUCUCUGAGGGCCCCCUCGUUGAGAUCCUGGCACGGCUGUUGUACUGGUCGCUCUGCCGCUUGAAGUGCGUGUCCAAGCAGUGGCUCAAGCUCUGCUCCGACCCCAAAAUAAUCAAGACGGCGUCGCAGGCCCUCUCCGGAUUCUUCCACAACCACCUGGCCUGCGGCCUCUGCUUCGACAAUUUGUCCGGCGGAUCCACGGGUGCAAAACAGUGA